AUGAGCUGUCUAGACAGGAUAUCGCAGUCUGAACGUGUGGGUCAUUACAUUAUACAUGCUUCAACAGCUGGCGAGAAAAUGGACUGGAUUCAAGAUGCAUGUGUCUCAGAACGCGUUAAAAAACCUAAACACUUUGAAAGUAGUCGUAAUGACCCAUGUAAUGAUUCUUUACUCACUUGUAAUACUGUUUAUAAUUCUCAUUCAGCUGGAGAGAAUGUCAAGGAAAACAGUUUGCAAUUGCAAGACAAUUCCAACUGGUCUGUCGCAAUCAGGAAGUUUGGCAAUCCAGCUAAAUAUUCGGGACCAAAUGUCCUAAUACCUGUGAAUUCGAAUUUAGAUAAUGUUAAAAUCAAAGAGAGGACCAAUACGGCAGCCUUAAUUGCUUCAGAGAAAGGACCUUUGGUGAAUGCUACUACGACUAUUGACAAAGAGCAGUUAAAUGAUACGAACUGUUAUGACAGCGUUUUGAUUCAUCAACUUGCACCAAUGAAAAACAAUAUUAUCGAACCCGUAGAAGAUUUGAUGACCAUUCUCGAUGGAAGUUCAAGUAAAUAUAGUUCAAUUCGUACAAAUUUUACCAUACAGUCUCUAGAAUCUUUGACUGGUGGAAAGAAAAACCAUAGAACGAUUAAAGACCUUAUUAUAGAGAAAAUUCAAGUUGCUCUGAAGAUUCCAGAAGCAUAUAAAGACAAUAUUCUAUUGUCUAAUCCUGAAGAGGGUGCAACAAUCUAUGCAAAUGUGGGUAAAUACCAAGCAACAAAAGAAUACAUUUUACGUAGAAGUAAAUUAUCUGAAGUAAAACUAAAAGAAGGUGAGAAUGGGAUGCAAAAAACUCUUUUCGAAAGACGGCUUGGUAGAUUUUGUCCACGCGUGCUUAAACAUUCCAGAUUUUAUUUCCUCGACAGUAAUCGUGACUGUAUAGAAAGGCAAGAAAGUUUUAAUAGAACCAUAAAAAAGAGAGGUGUACUAGAACUUCAAAAAAUUGUAACAAAUUUGAUGAAUUUAGAUGAUAAAUCAAAAUUUUCCAUAUCACCAGAACAUGCCGGAGUUUUUUUCAACAGUAGAAGACACAUUAUAAAAAGGCGACUUAAUGAUGACAUUGAUAUGAUGCUAACAAGAGAUCACAUCUAUUAUUGGUUUAGGUACUACAUGAAAAAUGGUUUAGAAAACCAAUACUACGGGAAACUCUAUUUUUGGGACGAUCCUGAACUAUUUCGAAGCAAGUUUUUGAACGUGAUGCUUGGGAAGAUGAAUAGAUCGAGUAGAUAA